GUUAUAGUGUGGAUGCAUGAAAGUAGUCGCGUUUCUUUAAAAAUGUUUGCUCAGUUUAUUAUGUAAAUUAAGAAACAGAGAGGUGAGCUUCAGCUUUGCGUUUGAAGGGGAGGUUUGUCUCGAGCGGCGCUCCGUAGCUGCACGCGUUACUAUGGCGACCGCAGCGCGUCCUGAUCCGCCUAUAAACACCAGCCGAUAUAAACACCAGCCGCUGCUGUUGCUGUUCAUGAAGGGUUCUGAACAUGAGACUCGAGCAGUGACUCGUGCAGUGGAUCAGACUGAGAUCAGACAUGCUGUCCAGCGCGCCGCCCGCGAGGAGCUUCCUUCAGAAACGCGUUGUGACCGACAGAAAGUCUGAGGCUGUGGGACUCGCGGAUCUCUCGAGAGUCAUUCAGCUGCUGCAGGAUCCGCUCUCAUCGUCGUUAAAAGAAAGACAGAUUUUCAUCUUGAGGAAGGUGGUAAAAAGAUGCCAGCGUGGAUUUCUUUUGAGGGAUCUCGCUGACAUAUGUAAGAUUCUGAACCUCUGUGCGGAAAGAGUGACGGAUCACCCGGAAUAUGCCAAAAUCCUCUGUGAUUUACUUCAGAUCUGCGGUCUUCCCUUCCUGAAGGAGAGAGCGUCGGAUGAGAUGAAGUUCGCCGCUGUGGCCGCAAACUGUGUGUCUCAGAUGGGUUAUCUGAUGAGGAUCCCGUUGCCGGAGGUCAGACAGCAGAUCUGCGCUUCUGUUAUAUCCUUCUAUAGCCACGACACACACACACACAGCUCUGACGGUGUCUAUCCCACGCAUGUGGACUACCGAGGGCUGAUGGUGGAGCGCAGUGGUCUGGCCGAGACCCUCGUCAUGUCACUGGCCCUGAUGGAGAACCAGCUGUCAAUCAAACUGCGUCUCCUUCAGACCCUGCAGAUCCUGUCCAGGACAUCAGAGGGGAACUGUAGAGUAAUGCUGAGAGCUCGGGCUGCGCAGAAGAUCUGCUUCCACAUGAGUGAGUGUGACCCGACCGGACCGGUUCUGUUCCGCUGCUCGGAGAUCCUGUGGAACCUCCUGGAGAACGGCUCUCGGGAAGAGCUGACGGCCCAGCUCAGCAACACCGACUGCAUCGCAUCUUUGAAGGAAGCAUUUCUCCAUCAGCUUCUCAACGGUUUCCGGCAUUAUGAUCGUCAGCUGAGGAACGACCUGCUAGUGUUGCUGUCUCUGAUCGCAUCGAACCCGAGCGCUCCUCUGAUCGAGAGCGGGUUUGUCAAGCAUCUCACGCUGUUUGUCACGUUCCCUGAGCUGAAGAGUCACAAUCCUCUGGUGCGAAACCUCAAGCUGUCCUUCAACCACGAGGACUUCGAGAUGAAGAAGCUCUUGUUGAAUGUGAUCGUCGUCCUGUCGAGAGAUCUGGCUGCCCUGCAGCUGUUUAGGGAGGGCCGGGUGAUGCUGGGCCUGAUGCUCCUGAUUAAGCCCCGGGCCCCGGAGCCCCGGAGCAGGUGCAGUUGGACCCCCGGCCAGCAGGAGGAGCUGCAGCUGCAGGCGUUAGCGUGUCUGAUCUCUCUGGCUCCGCUGAUGCUGGACGACUACAUGACGUGUCAGGGGAACACACUCCUGCUGCUGCUGCUCGACUGGUGUCUUCAGGAAGACUCCUUCAGUGGGCGGGGCCACAGUUUCCAUGGCAGCGGUGGGCGGGGCGGGAAGAAGGCCCAGAUGAGGUACUGUGUCCGAGUGCUCAGAUCCGUGGUUUCCCUGGACCUCGAGGCGCUCCGGCAGGAUCUGUGCGAUCAGGGGGCGAUCGGGCAGCUUCUGGGGGUGCUGCGCUGGUUCAUAGGGAGACCGGAAGCCGAGGAUGCCGUGUCUCUGGAGAUUCAGAUCGACUCCCAGUUCAUUCUGUCUGACCUCUGUGAGGGAGACAUGCACAGGAAGGAGUUGUUCGGCAGUGACGGUGUGGAGAUGCUGAUUCAGUAUUUGAGUUUGGACGCUGCUCUGAUCUACAGCGGUUUGGGUCAUAAUAAACUGCUGCUGUCCACCGUUGACUGCGUUUGGUCAUGUGUUGUGGGCUGUUUCGGGACGGAGGACAUGUUUGUUGCGGGAGGUGGAGUUGAUCUGCUCCUUCAGCGGCUGCAGCGGAGCCCCAGACACAUGCUGAUUGCGCUCAUCGGGACUCUGCUGGAGCUGUGUGAGAGUCAGCGGGCCGUCACGCGUGUGCAGUGCUGGCGUGGCGAGAGAGACGUCACUGCGCCGCAGCUCCUGUUGCAGAUCUGGAGGAGCGAGGAGGAGGAGACGGGCAUAACACGAGACCGGCACGGGGUGAUUGCAGUCGUGGAACGCUCGGUUGUGUCUCGGCAUCAGGAUGAACCGUCAUCAACAUCAUCUUCACGUGACGUAAGUCCUGCUGUCAGGGAUGUGUGGGAAAACCUGCAUGCGAACAUCUACUGCAUCUUCUGGAAACUGGGAUUUGAGCAGCCGUCGGGUUUGAGCGCUGAAGACCUCGUCACACUCAGCAUCAUCCGCAGAUACCUGGACUUCAAGGUGGGAGAGGUUUUACACGAGGUCUGGACUGAGCUGUUGACCGAGGGAGUGACGCCCGUCUCGUCUGAUGAAGAAGCCCUGAAGAGCCUUCGACAGGUCAGCGAUGACACGGUGAAGAGCGUGCGCUCUCUGCAGCAAAGCAUUCUGGGCCGUCAGCAGCAGGAGGAGCUGCAGGAGGAGAAGCUGCUGUAUGAAGAGAUCGGCUUCACUCAUAAGCAGAGAGAGAUCGCGGCAGAAGCCUGGAGGAGUUACGUGGCCAGAACCUCAAACUACAGCGUCCUGAAGGAGUUCAAGCGUCUGCGGGAGGAAUGGAGCACCAGCGGCCCCGACGCUCCAUCAGAACCGGCCCUCGAGGGACCCGAGACACAACACACCCUCUCAGAUCAAUAAACCCAGUCCCAUACGGCGAGUUCAGAGCAACCUGAAGUCAUUUCACAACAUAUAUACAUUUGAUGCUUUUCAGAGACAUUGAUAUUUCUCAUGUUCCGCAGUCUUUGCUCCUACAGCAUAUGUUUACAUGCACAGUUUAUUCUGGGCGUUUGAGCUCCGAGACCACAUGUAAAUGGCACCAUCGUAAUUGAUGAAGAGAAAGCAAGUGUUUCUGGCUUGCUAACCCGAGCGCAUGUGUACACCG